AUGGUGUCUAUUCGGAACCAGAAAAGAUUCACUACCACUGGAGCAGCAGCAGCAAGAGAGUCUGCGAGUAUGAAUAACGAUAGCAGUAUGAAGAUGAAUAGCACUGAGCAUCCGUCUACGGCGAGUAUGAAGAUGAAUAGCACUGAGCAGCCGUCUACGGAGAGUAGGGUUUAUGACGAUAGCACUGAGAAGCAGUCUAUGGCGAGUAGGGUUUUUGAGUGUAAAACCUGCGGAAAAGGAUUUUCAUCGUUUCAAGCACUUGGUGGGCAUAGAGCGAGUCACAAGAAACUUCGACUGGUUAAAGGAGAUGGUUCAAAGAUGGAUGGAAGAUUAUCAUCAUCAUCAAAGUCAUCAUCAGCUUUACAUGAGUGCUCAAUAUGUGGAAAAGGGUAUGCGAUUGGUCAAGCUUUAGGAGGCCAUAUGAGAAGGCAUAGAAACAACCCUAGUAAGGAAUCACCAUCACGCUCACUUUCAGUUUCACCACCUUCAUCUCCGCCACCGGAAGAACAACAACUGUUUUCGCUGCCUCUUCUUCCACACAGUAGUAGUCCUCUUGCCGAGGAACCCAGAUUAUCGCUGCCUCUCCUACCGCAAACGCCGGAACCAAAAACGUUGAAAAGAAAGUAUCAUGCUGUGCACAAUGAUAAACGUCUGUGUUUGGAUCUGAACUUAGGUCCGCCUUGUUCUUAUUACGAAGAAGAAAUAGACUCCGACGAUCGUCAUCAUCAUCAGAGUAUGCCUACGAAGCCGUAUUUAGGUUUAACUCUGUUUACAUAG